GAAUAAUUUAGGAGGAGAUGAAGAUGUGGGCAUUGGAAUCCAUGGUGCUGCUUCUGAUCUUGAUUUUCUCCAAUGUUUUGGGAUCCAAAGGCAUGGGGUUCAAUCUCAGUAUGGGUGUUUUCGUUGAUGGUCCGGCUAUCUGGCUCUCCGAUGGUGUCAAUAUCCCCAUGUUCAAUGAGAAAGAGGUGUAUAAGCUGUCAAUUGAAGCUGUUUGUGGAUUGGCAUGGCCGCCGGACAGGUUCAUAAUCCAAUUGCUGGAUGAUUCCACAGACCAAUUGUUAAGGUACCUCAUGCUCAAAUUAAUUACAUUUACUAAUUUGCUUGAACUUUGUUUUCUUGUAGAAAUUUUACUGAAUUUAAGAGGUGUGGUGUUAAUGGAACCAAUCUUCCUACUGUUUUGGAAGUGCUUAAUUCUAUUCUAGUUUCUGUUUUGCAAUAUUAUUUGUUACACAGUUAGUAGUGAUGGAUUUGAAAUUAUAUGAGAGAUUAUUUGCAUUUCUGUUUGGGUUCAUCCAU